AUGGACGAGCCCAUCUCCGAGGCAGCGAAGUGCCCGAAGAAGUGCCUCUUCACGCCGCGUCGGUGGGUUCAUGCAGGCAUGAAGGUCCAUAAGAAGACCACGGUGAAGGAGAAGGCCACGGAAGCGCUGUGCUCGCUGAUGGCGAGAUUCGAGCUCCACGAAAACGGCAUUGACAUCGAGGCUCUGAAGGAAGUUGCGACCGAG